CGGCGCAGUUGAACGCGCGGAAUUCGGGGCUCUGUGCGAAAUUUUUUAUCAUUCGGUGCACGGUGAAAGGAUACGAGCGUUGUUAUCACAGUAGAACAACCCUCUCGCAUCCCAUACAUUGUUCUAUCAGAGUGUGCUCGGGUCGACGAUAAUCCGAGCGUGUCCGAUCGACCGUCGAAAUUAAUUUGACUGUUCGUUUUCAACAAAUAUCCGUGCAAAAUGAUGCACACCAUGAGCGAACACACGGGCGGAGCUGGAGGCCUGGGUGUCAGCGUGCUGCCUUUCGACGGGAUGGGACUGUUCGAACAACAGAGGCCCAGGUUCCUCUUCAAGAUGCCCAGGGUAGUGCCUAAUCAAAAGGCCAAGUUCGAGACGGAGGAGCUGUUCAGGAGACUCAGCAGAGAAAGCGAAGUCAGGUACACUGGGUACCGAGACAGGCCAGUCGAAGAACGUCAAGUGCGCUUUCAAAAUGGCUGUCGCGAGGGCUACACGGAGAUCGCGUUCGCGGCCACUGGCACGAAUCUUCAGCUGGUUUUUGGCAACGCAUCCGGGAACUACGCUGGGGACGUUAACGACUGCGAUUUUGAGAAAGAACGCGGCAAGGUUCACCUGAGGUCCCGACUGAUAAUGAACGGAGUGUGCGUACUUUGGCGCGGGUGGAUCGACCUGGAGAGGCUAGACGGUGUGGGCUGCUUGGAAUACGAUGAGAAACGCGCAGCAGAAGAGGAUGCUCUCCUGCGGGACCAGCUGGAGCGUUACAAUCAACGGGUACGCGACUUCGACGAGAAGCAGAGGGCGUACAGGAGCGGAGCGACCCAGCCACCGCACUUGAACCACCAUCACCACCACCAUCACCAUCACCACGGUCAUCACGGCCACCACGUGACCGGAGCAGGCACCGGAACCACCGGAGCCAUCGAACCCCACCUAACUCAUCGACAGGAUCCCGAGAUGGAAGUCAGACUGAGGGCCUACUGAGGCUCCGAGAAGGUGACCAGCGAAACCACUUGACUCCCCUUCGAUCUGGGAUUGCUCCCGGGUCUACCUCGAGCCAGCCGGAAGCUGACAGAAGGAACCAGCCAUCAGAGGUCUUCUGGGAGGAACCUGAACGACGGUUUUGCAGGCGUUCGCGAGAUGUCCAGGUCCUUUGGGGUGUGAUCGAGGGGUCCGGGGUCUGAGAGAGUCGCGAAUUGAUAUGUGUUUACAAUGGUUCCAAGUGCUUCUUGGGUUCGAUCGAAUAUUCUUGAGAUAUGAAGAGAAUCUUGAUGGAUUUGACACUUCUGACGAGACCCCUCUAGAUUUCAAAGCCUCGCGCUUCUCGGGAUUCCUCGAAAUCUUCACCAGGUUCCUCCUACCAGGACGACGAGUUUUAUAAUCGAUCGACAUCACGAUCACGUCACAGUCAAU